CGCAUUCCGCUUCCGCUUGAAGCGAGUUCAGCCAGGAAAUACAUUAAAUUUUUCUUUUUUAAUUCAAACUCCAAUUCAUUCCUUAUCGUAGAUUUCGGCGUCAGCUGUCGAGCUCAUAUCGAAGAAGAUGCUUCCUUUGCAAAAACACAUGGUUAACAGCUACAUUACGCCGAGCUGUGGAUGUACGGCACUCUUCGGCGGAGCGGGAGAGAGAUCCGCGCGCGUGCCUCUGACCUCCGCCACGGCCUCGCGCGGCGCUAAUCCCGACCCGUCCGAACAGAUGAAAAGACCGCAGGACCUCGACAUGUUAGGGAAUAAAUCUCCGUAUGCGGCGAGGAGGUUUCACGACGACGACGGCGGCUCUCUCCCGAACACCCCGGAGCUGGAGUGCGACAACAGCGUACUUGUACCCAACGACCCACCGAUAAACCAGGACACCACGGAAUUCCUCACGAACUUCUUUAGGAACUAUGUUGGAUUAUCUCAAUCUCGCCACCGGGAGAGCAAAUACAUAUCGACGGCGAAAAGAGUAGUGAACGACAUGAUGGAUAAACAUCGGUUCGCCUUUAAUGGUAUGAUCAAUAGGCUGUCUUUGGAAGACAAUUUGGACGAUAUGUCAUUUAUUAGCCGCGUAGCAGAGAACAUGUUUGCGGACCGGACCACCAACUGGGGCCGCAUCGCCAGCCUGCUGGCCUUCGGGGCGGCGGUGUGUCUGCAGCUGAAGGAGAAGGGCAGAGGUCACUCCGUGGACCUGGUCAGUCAGGAGAUCUGCACGUACCUGCUGCGUGAGCAGCGGGACUGGCUGAUCAACAACAACUCAUGGGAUGGUUUCGUAGAGUUCUUUCACGUCCCAGACCCAGAAUCAACAGUCAGGAACACUUUGGUGGCCGUCCUUGGACUUGCAGGCGUUGGGGCUUUACUGGCCCAGGUGUGUAGGUGAAUUUUUUUGGGACUCCACAACUUCUUGCAUGGCUCCCAUAUGGCCUUCUUUUAAGUCACAUGAAAGAUAAGAGCGGUGAUUUGCACCACUGCAACGGACUGGUCCGAAACCAAACCCUCCACAUUCUGGACUUUUGCAUUCAUCCUGGACUUUGUCAAUCUGCAAAGCGGUUGCACUCUUCUGCCACGCCCUCUACUUCUUGAUUGGCUUAUGUUAGCACUGUUUAUUUAACUAAAUAAAACUAUUUUUGAUUAAAUAUAUGUACAUUUUGAAAGUUCUGAUUGAUGUCAUUUUUUGGGGGGACCCACAGGGGCGCCCAUUUUUUUUCUUUUUUUUUUUUUCUUAAGUUCCUCUGUAACAUGUUUGAAGCCUUUACCUCUAUGAUGAAGAAGCCUCAGCCAGACCAGGAGAUGUUUGUUCUGAUCCCAUGACAGGAUCAUGUUUCAGGACAAACGCUCCUCGUGCCUCUCCAAGGUGAUGAGGCACAGCUCGCCUCCCGUCGCCUGCUCCUGCUGCUAAUUAUGUUAGCCACCUCCCUAGUUACCCCUGCAACAGACCAACACCAUGGAGGCAAAAAAAAGGGCUGAGGCAACAUCGUAGAUCAGUUUGCCUUAUCCACCAAGUGGAUUGUAGGUGCAGAAAGCAGAUUGUACUGCAAGGUUGUGAAACGGAAAGCUUUCAGCUCAGUUUUUGAUAUAUUUGCACCUUUUACUAUUUUGUAAAAUUGUGUGUAUAUAUAAAUAUCUGUAUAUUUAUGCAUGUAAAUAAACUACUUUUCAGGUACA